AGAGUUAGCUCAAAUAUAGAUAAAUUUUCUAAUAAACUAAAUUUGAUUGAUAAGUCAAAUGAUAGUUGUUGGUCUUCAAAUAAUGGUAAAAAUCAAUUUAUUCUUAUAAAAUUGAAGAAUUUUUUUAAACUAAAGCAAUUCAAUUUGACAUUUCAAGGUGGAUUCUCUGGUAAAUUAUGUCAGAUUCUUUUAUAUAAAGAUGAUGAUUUUGUUUAUCAACAGCCUUUUUACCCUCAAGACAACAAUAAGUUACAGUCCUUUUAUUUACAAGAAAUUUUUGAAGUUAACAAGAUCAAACUUUUAUUCAACGAUUCUACUGAUUUUUUCGGAAGAAUUACUAUUUAUAAUUUAGAUUUAAUUAGGUCGGAUUAA